GUGGACGAGCAGCUUAAAUCGCCCGGUAGCUCGAAAUUCAUGACGUGCAUUCACGGAGAUAUGAAGAACGAGAACCUGCUCUUCUCCGCCGACAACAGCCGCUGUGCAGCCUACGACUUCCAAUACACCGGCCGCUCAUACGGAGUACGGGAUGUCGUAUAUCUCUUCGCCUCCAGCGUGGAUUCUGCCGUACUGGAUUCCAAGGAAGCAGAGUACCUGUCGUACUAUCACUCCCAGCUCCAGGAGCGGUUAUUAGUCAUCGGUGGUGGUUCCGGCGCCGAGGACGGCUCAUCAGGUGCCGAUGCGGCUGCCCGGUACCAUGCGGGUGUCAUGCGGCGGCACUUUGAGUUGGCGUUGCUGGACUAUGUGCGGUUCAUGGCGGGGUGGGGCAUGUGGGGGAGCGGGCUGGACUGGGCGGUUCGGCGGGCGCGAGAGGUGCUGCCGAGGGUGCAGCAGCUGCUGCGGUAGGGGACGGGAGGUAGGGGAAGGAAAGACGAAGGGAAAGUGAAGCGACCGGAGUCCCAAUAGGUGAGCGGCGGGAGGUAGGGGAAGGAUGGUGAACGGAUGCCUGGGGAGGCCCAUUCACUUGUACUGGAAGCGGCAAUGGUGUUUGUGAGGUAGGUUUCAUUGAGGGUGGAAGGGGUGAGGGAGAAACCACGCCGUAGGGUGGUAGGGGCGGUGCAUGGUGCGGGAUGGCGUGGUUGGUGGCGAUGUUACGCUACGUAGAUGAGCGCAGGUCUUGGGUUUUUAGGAUGGCAGGAUCUGGGUGUAGAGCGAGGGUGCCUAGGGAGGCCGGUGUGGCUAAGGAGUGUUAUGGUUGAGUGGCCCUUGUGAAGUGUUGGAAGAGGAUUAGGAGGGGAACUGACCCGUGGGUCUUCACGUAGAUGCAGCCCGGGUGAGUAACUGACAUGCGCAUGCGUCGCGGGUUUCCGUCUAGAGUUGCAUUUUGAGCGAGCCUCACAAGCCGUGCGAGAUGUGGGUUGGAAUAUGAAACGGGAAUAUCCCUAGGCGUUACGGCUGACGAAGUGUAUUGACAUGAUUCCGCUGGAGCAUGAAGCGUUGAGGAAGACGUGGGAGAUGGAAGCCGGAAACGCGCUAUGCUGUGAUGUAGAGCAUACUAAUUGCUGUGCUAGUCCCAAGUUGGACCGUACUUAGUACAUUGGUCGUCCUGUGAGCUUUUGGGCGUGUGACUGACCAUGUUGCUGUGCUGCUCAAGUACCCCAGACCGCAGGCUGGAAACCAUACCGAACCAAUCAAUGACAUAGGCAGUGAAGGAUCAAUAUGGAG